AUGGAUGCAAAGAAAUUUGUUGUUGAUUUGAAUAAGCCUCUUGUUUGCCAGGUUGGGCAUCUUGGUGAUGAGUAUGAAGAAUGGGUUCAUCAACCUAUUAUGGGUAAGGAAGGUCCUCGUUUCUUUCAUAGCGGUGUCUUGGAGGUAUUUACCCGCACGGCUUGGUGGGUGAUUCCGAUUGUUUGGUUACCAGUUGCAUCUUGGUUCAUUUAUAACUCUUUUAAAUUGGGACUUGAUACUCCUCGCCUACCCCUUUUUGUGCUUCUCGGUAUUUUUGUAUGGACAUUGGCCGAAUACUUGUUGCACCGGUUUCUUUUCCAUGUACAGACUAAGAGUUAUUGGGGGAAUACGAUGCAUUAUCUUCUUCAUGGAUGCCAUCAUAAGCAUCCCAUGGAUAGCUUAAGACUUGUUUUCCCACCGGCUGCAGCAGCUAUAAUAGCCUCCAUGAUCUGGUCCUUAGUGAAGCUUGUAUUCCCUCCUUUAACUGCCCCUGCUGUGUUUGGAGGCAUUUUGUUGGGCUAUGUGAUGUAUGAUUGCACACAUUACUACUUGCAUCAUGGCCAACCGAAGAGUGAUGUACCCCGAAGUCUCAAGAAGUACCACUUGAAUCAUCACUACCGGGUUCAAAGCCUUGGCUUUGGCAUCACUUCACCACUAUGGGAUAAGGUUUUUGGAACAGUUCCUCCUCCAUCAAAGGCGGAUGCCAAACGUAGAUAA